ACACUCAGGGAUUUCCUUGGGGCCAAACUAAUGACAUUGCGCAUGAUAAAUUUGGAGUAUUUGAUUGAGAAGUUUCGAGAUCUUGAUGAUAUAGGAAAUGAGGAACUAAACUCCAUUAUCAAGAAACACCUUCAAGAGAAAGAGGAAGCUAAUUGGAGAAACAAAGAGCCAUGUAUCCUGGAUUAUCUCAGGAAAUGGUUCUACGUGGACGAAUUUUUAGAGGGCACUAGCGUUGCUAGUCCGAACUACUGUGAACAUGAGUAUCAUACCACGUGCUUACUCAGAUGGCUGUAUGACCAUAGGUUUUGUCCAUUCAGAAGCUUGGCCUUGUCCCCAAAAGCUGAAUAUCCAAGCUGGAUAAAGGAUGUCGGCAAAGUCCGAACUUUUCUUUUCCGUGCGUCGUGGACUAUUCCGAUUGACAAUCUCUGGUGA